GAAACUCUCACAUCCGGUUCUGUAGUAGAGAUGGAAUAAAUAAAAAUCCAUCAACUAUAACCCCAAAAGAACCAGAUUCCGUAAACAACAUAGAGGAAGAAUGAAGGGAAUAGCUUCUCGAGGGAAUCAUAUUUGUUUCGGUAAAUAUGCGCUUCAAGCACUUGAACCCGCUUGGAUCACAUCUAGACAAAUAGAAGCUGGGCGACGGGCUAUGACACGAAAUGCACGUCGUGGAGGAAAAAUAUGGGUACGUAUAUUUCCCGAUAAACCAGUUACUGUACGACCCGCAGAAACACGUAUGGGUUCAGGAAAAGGAUCCCCUGAAUAUUGGGUUGCUGUUGUUAAACCCGGUCGGAUACUUUUUGAAAUGGGUGGAGUAACAAAAAAAUAUUGCCAGAAAAGCUAUUUCAAUAGCAGCAUCAAAAAUGCCGAUACAAACUCAAUUCAUUAUUUCGGAGAUAGAAUAGACGAUAUAACUCUAGAACCAACCCAAAGAAUCUUAAGAAUGAAACAAAAACAAAAAAAAAAGAGGUUUCGUUUUAUGUUUGUGGACAAAAAAUAUUUCUUUUUUUCUUCGCCCUUUGCAUUGUGAAAGAAAAGAAUAAAAAAAAUGCUAUGAUUCAAUCCCAAACCCUUUUAAAUGUAGCGGAUAACAGCGGGGCUCGAAAAUUGAUGUGUAUUCGAAUAAUAGGAGCUAGCAAUCGUCGAUAUGCUUAUAUUGGUGACAUUAUUGUUGCUGUUAUCAAAGAAGCUGUACCUAACAUGCCUCUACAAAGAUCUGAAGUAGUUAGAGCCGUAAUCGUGCGUACCUCUAAAGAACUAAAACGUGGCAACGGGAUAAUAAUACGAUAUGAUGAUAAUGCCGCAGUUGUUAUUGAUAAAGAAGGAAAUCCAAAAGGGACCAGAAUUUUUGGUCCAAUCCCCCGGGAGUUAAGACAAUUAAAUUUUACUAAAAUCGUUUCAUUAGCUCCUGAGGUAUUAUAAAAAAAAUUAAAAAAUGGAGUAGAAUCUGUCUCACGUAUAUAACUUUAAGAUUAAAAUAAAGUAAGAUAAACACAAUAAUCCAUAGACAAUAAAAAAAAACACGUUGAGAGUAGAAAAAUUUUUAGCUCCAUAAUUAGAGUUCAUCAUGGGUAGGGACACUAUUGCUGAGAUAAUAACUUCUAUACGGAAUACUCAUAGGGAUGGAAAAAGAACAGUUCGAAUCCCAUCCAGUAAUAUUAACGAAAAGAUUGUAAAACUCCUUUUAAAAGAAGGUUUUAUUGAAAGUGUGAGAAAUCAUCGAGAAAACAACAAAAAUUUUUUAGUUUUAACUCUGCAACAUAUAAACACUAAAAAAAGGACCUUUAGCAAUAUUCUAAAUUUAAAACGGAUAAGUCGACCCGGUCUACGAAUGUAUUCUAAGUCUAAAAAAAUACCUAAAAUUUUAGGCGGGAUGGGGGUUGUAAUUCUUUCUACUUCACGUGGUAUAAUGACAGACCGAGAAGCCCGACUGCAAAGAAUCGGGGGGGAGAUUUUGUUUUAUAUAUGGUAAUAUUUUCAAGAUGCCAAUUAGGUAGAAACUUUCCAUUUCUAUGAUUCCCAAAUGGGAUAUUUUAGAAUCUAAUGAAAUCCCCAUUCCUUAUUGCUUCUAGGUCACUGAAAUAAAGAAUAAAGUCCUUCGGAUGAAAGAACAAAAA